UUGUUCAGUUUUUCCCGCGAAACAUCGACACUGAGCGGGUUUUCGUGUGGCAGGUUCCAGAGACCGGGUCCAGACUUUUAACUGAUCAAACAGUCCCCGUUCAGAGACUCUGAUUCCGCUCCUGUAGUCCUUUAAAACCAGAUCUGGUUCAGGAUGUCUGGAUUUGACGACCCGGGAGUUUAUUACAGUGACAACUUCGGAGGAGGAGAGGGACACGAUGAAGGGGGACAGAAGAGGACCCAGAUCAAGAAACGGUUCCGGGAGUUCCUCCGGCAGUUCAGAGUGGGGACAGACCGGACCGGGUUCACAUAUAAAUACAGAGAUGACCUGAAGAGACGCUACACCCUGGGGGAGUACUGGGUGGAGGUGGAGAUGGAGGACUUGGCCAGCUUUGAUGAGGAUCUCUCAGAUUGUCUCUACAAGCUGCCCACUGAGAACCUGCCGCUGCUGGAGGAAGCUGCAAAGGAAGUGGCUGAUGAAGUGACCCGCCCCCGGCCUGCAGGAGAGGAGACGGUCGAGGACAUCCAGGUCAUGCUGAAGAGUGACGCCCAUCACGCCUCCAUCCGAGGCCUCAAGUCGGAGCAGGUGUCCCGCCUGGUGAAGGUGCACGGCAUCAUCAUAUCCGCCACCGCCGUGAGAGCGAAGGCCACCAAGGUGUGCCUGCAGUGUCGAGGCUGUCGUGGCGUCAUGAGUAACAUCCCCCUGCCUCCGGGUCUGCAGGGUUACGCUCUGCCGCGCAAGUGCAACAAGGAGGACGCCGGGAGGGUGAAGUGCCCCGUGGAUCCUUACUUCAUCAUCCCUGACCGCUGCGUGUGCGUGGACUUCCAGACGCUGCGCCUGCAGGAGAGUCCGGACGCCGUCCCUCACGGAGAGAUGCCUCGCCACCUGCAGCUGUACUGUGACAGGUACCUGUGUGACAGAGUCGUCCCCGGUAACAGAGUCACCAUCGUGGGCAUCUUCUCCAUAAAGAAGAUGGCCGUCGUGAAGGCAGGAGGCAAGGAGAAGAGUGCCGGUGUGGGGAUCCGAGCCUCUUACCUGAGAGUGGUCGGCAUCCAGGUGGACACAGAGGGAGCAGGUCGCGGUGCAACCGGAUCCGUCUCCCCGCAGGAAGAGGAGGAGCUCCGAGCGCUGGCUGCAACCGCCAACGUCUACGAGUCUCUGGCUCGCUCCGUCGCUCCGUCCAUCUACGGCAGCGACGACCUGAAGAAGGCCAUCACCUGUCUGCUGUUCGGAGGGUCCAGGAAGAGACUUCCUGACGGUCUCACACGCAGAGGAGACAUCAACCUGCUCAUGCUGGGGGACCCGGGUACCGCCAAGUCUCAGCUGCUGAAGUUUGUGGAGAGGUGUUCUCCUAUCGGGGUUUACACGUCCGGUAAGGGAAGCAGUGCAGCCGGUCUCACCGCCUCGGUGUUGAGGGACCCGAACACUCGCGGCUUCAUCAUGGAGGGAGGAGCCAUGGUGCUGGCUGACGGAGGAGUCGUGUGUAUCGAUGAGUUCGAUAAGAUGAGAGAGGACGACAGAGUGGCCAUCCAUGAAGCCAUGGAGCAGCAGACCAUCUCCAUCGCCAAGGCCGGCAUCACCACCACCCUGAACUCUCGCUGCUCCGUCCUCGCCGCAGCCAACUCCGUGUUCGGCCGCUGGGACGACACGAAGGGCGAGGACAACAUCGACUUCAUGCCCACCAUCCUGUCCCGUUUCGACAUGAUCUUCAUCAUCAAGGAUCACCACGACCAGCAGAGGGACAUGACGUUGGCCCGUCACGUGAUGAACGUUCACAUGAGCGCUCAGACUCAGACCGAGGGCGUGGAAGGCGAGAUCCCGCUCGCCACCUUCAAGAAAUACAUCGCCUACGCCAGAACUAAAUGCGGCCCUCGGCUCUCUGCGGUGGCGGCUGAGAAGCUGAAGAACAGAUACGUGGUGAUGAGGAGCGGAGCCAGAGAGCACGAGAGAGAGACGGACAAACGCCCGUCCAUCCCCAUCACCGUCAGGCAGCUGGAGGCCGUCGUGCGUAUCGCAGAGUCUCUGGCUAAGAUGAAGCUGCAGGCGGUCGCCGGAGAGGAGGAAGUGGACGAGGCCCUCAGACUCUUCCAGGUGUCCACGUUAGACGCAGCGCUCUCAGGCAGCCUCUCAGGUGUGGAGGGCUUCACCUCUCAGGAGGAUCAGGAAAUGAUCUCCCGUGUUGAGAAGCAGCUGAAGAGACGCUUCGCUAUCGGCUCUCAGGUGUCCGAGCACAGCAUCGUCCAGGACUUCACCAAACAGAAAUACCCAGAACACGCCAUCUACAAAGUCCUGCACCUGAUGCUGAGGAGGGGCGAGCUGCAGCACCGCAUGCAGAGGAAAGUCCUCUACAGAGUGAAGUAGAGCGAGCCGCGCUCUGAUGACUGAUUGAUAAAGAUGUUGAUGUAAAUAGUUUGGAUCUGCAGACUCGCUGUGUUUGUUAAAGAGUAUGAAGUGGUGAGAACUGGAUGUUAAAGGAGGUUGUUCAUGGAUCAAUAAUAAAUGUGGGUGUCCCUGUUACACAAAGA